CCUCUGCCCAGCCUACCCCGGCCUUAGGUCUAAAGCCUUGCUGCGUUGCAUUGUGGCUUGUCGUGAGCCGGGAGGCCUCAGCGCAGAGUUGGCGAGGGGGCAAGGGGUGCAAAGGGCCGGGGCAGCAGGUGGGAGCCUCUCAGACGCCUCCACUCCUUCAGUAGGCCGCUCGCUACCCCCAUGUUCCUGAGAAGCGUCUACGCACGGCUACUGAGCCGCGGACCUUGCCUUCGAGUCCUUCGCUCAUGGGGCUCGGCAGCGGCGCAAACCGGGAAAGGCGGAAAGACCCAGGGCAGAUCGGCCAAGUCCUCACGGCCUGAGUUUGACUGGAGGGACCCACUAGUGCUGGAAGAGCAGCUCACAGCAGAUGAGAUCCUCAUCCGGGACACCUUCCGCACCUACUGCCAGGAGCACCUCAUGCCCCGCAUCGUGCUGGCCAAUCGCAACGAAGUUUUUCACCGGGAGAUCAUCUCAGAGAUGGGGGAGCUUGGUGUGCUGGGCCCCACCAUCAAAGGGUAUGGCUGUGCUGGAGUGUCAUCUGUGGCCUAUGGACUCCUGGCCCGAGAGUUAGAGCGGGUGGACAGCGGCUACAGGUCAGCAAUGAGUGUCCAGUCCUCCCUGGUCAUGCACCCUAUCUAUGCCUACGGCAGCGAAGAGCAGCAGCAGAAAUACCUGCCCCGGCUGGCCAAGGGGGAGCUCCUGGGCUGCUUCGGGCUCACAGAGCCCAACCACGGGAGUGACCCUGGCAGCAUGGAAACCAGAGCCCGCCACAACCCAUCCAACAGGAGCUACACCCUCAAUGGGGCCAAGACCUGGAUCACCAACUCGCCUGUGGCUGACCUGUUUGUAGUGUGGGCUCGGUGUGAAGAUAAUUGCAUUCGGGGCUUCCUGCUGGAGAAAGGGAUGCGGGGCCUCUCAGCCCCCAAAAUCGAGGGCAAGUUCUCUCUGCGGGCCUCAGCCACGGGUAUGAUUAUCAUGGACGAUGUAGAGGUGCCAGAGGAGAAUGUGCUGCCCAAGGCGUCUAGUCUGGCGGGUCCCUUCGGCUGCCUCAACAAUGCCCGCUAUGGCAUCUCCUGGGGUGUGCUUGGAGCCGCUGAGUUCUGUUUGCACACAGCCCGGCAGUACACUCUGGACAGGAUCCAGUUUGGUGUCCCACUGGCCAAGAACCAACUUAUUCAGAGGAAGCUGGCAGACAUGCUCACCGAGAUCACUCUGGGCCUUCAUGCCUGCCUGCAGCUCGGCCGCUUGAAGGAUCAAGACAAGGUCACCCCGGAAAUGGUCUCCCUGCUGAAGAGGAAUAACUGUGGGAAGGCCUUGGACAUUGCCCGCCAGGCUCGAGACAUGCUGGGUGGGAAUGGGAUUUCUGAUGAGUAUCACGUGAUCCGGCAUGCCAUGAACCUGGAGGCUGUGAACACCUAUGAAGGUGGGGCCCAGGUCUCUGGGAGGGGCUUUGCAGAGACCUCACUGGGGAAGAGGGGAGCAAGAUGGGGUGGGGACAGCAGGCCCGAGUCCUUCUCUCAGCUGUCACCAAUUGGCAGCAUGACCUGGGGCAAGUCCCACUCUGUCCCUCAUCUGGAGCAGCUCACACUGGGGCCAUGGAAGUAAAAUGCUCCCAGUUCUUUCCUCCACUGCUUGGGAAGAGGGAUGUUCCCAAGCCUGCUUACGGGUCCUCAGGAAUCCCAGAGUGGGGCACACUGCCCAGCCAGCUGGUGGAUGAAAGGGAGUGAGAGUGCAGCUACACACAGGAUCUCCACUCCAUUUCAUAUGGGAAAAAAAGAGACAGGGUUUGUGGUCUGUGGUGUUUACACCUGCAACUGGUUGUGACUCACAUGGGGCAGACCCCUUGCUGCACGGGAAGACGGACAUUGAAAAAGAUAAUUAAAAAAAGAUGGGAGUUCCCAUCGUGGCUCAGCAGAAGUGAACCUGACUAGUAUCCAUGAGAAUGCAGGUUUGAUCCCUGGCUUUGCUUAGUGGGUUACGGAUCCAGUGUAGCUGUUAAGCUGCAGCAUAGGUCGCAGAUGCCCCCGAGAUCCGAGUUGCUGUGGCUGUGGCACAGAGCUCAGCUACAGCUCCAAUUCAAGCCCUAGCCUCCUGGGAACUUCCAUAUACCACAGGUGCAGCCUUAAAAAAGAAAAAAAUAUGUACAGUUCCAGUGUGAGCCACACAGAAAUAGAGGGAGCUGUAACAGGCGCUCCAUCUCCUAGGGAGAAAGUGGGACCAUGGUUAAAACUCGAGGGAUGUUUAGAAGCUCCCUGGGCAGAGACAGUGUAAUAGUGUCCACGUGCUAUUCUGGAUGGGACAUUCCAGAAACAGCCAAGAGGGAAGGGGCGGGGGAUUCUAUAGGCAUGACAGUGACCCCAAGGACAAGCGCCCCAAGGACAGAGGGAACCUUUAGAGGGUUUUAUGCAGGGGAGGGACAGGGUCAGAUUUACACUUUUCAGAAGAAAACUAUUAUUUUGCUCCAUAAAAGGGAGGCCACAGUCUGUGCCUUCCACCCCUGAAAGCUGAAGAAGAGCAAAUGAGAAGCUUGAGGGAGGUAAAGUGUUACCUAGACAGGAGGGGUGGGGUGUGAAGUGUGGGGUGGUGGCUCUGAGAUGGUGCGGUGGGGGUGGGGUGGGAAUCAGCUGGGACAAGCAGUUAAUUGUCUGAUGUUUGCUUUCCCAUUCCUCCUGUGGGUAAGAAAGGGCCUGAUAUGUUUCCACAGAGCUCAUCAGCAUUCUCCACCUCAGCAGGAAGGAAGCAUGGCUGGGUUAAAAAUCAAACGUUUAAUCAACUGUGUGGGGUUGGGAUGGGGUGAAUCUGUGGGAGCACAAAACCUGGGCCCGUGGUGGCGGCUGGACCCCCAGCAGUUUGGGGCCUGGCACAAGGAGCUUUGGGUUUUUGGGUUGGUUUGUUUUUGCUAAGAUGCAUUAUAGAACUCUGAAAAACAAUUUUCUCACUGUGGCCCAAACGGUGACAUCUGAGCCUUCCCUUGGGGCUCUCACUAAAAGGAGCUCUCCUGAUAGCUGUCAGCAUUCACCAUCAUUGUGGGUCUGUUCUUCUUCCAAAUUAGCAGCCUGUAGGGGACAUGAAGAUUAACUUUAAAGGGAAGUUUUGAGCUGUUAAGACUGCAAACCAACUCUGCAUUUAUGUUGCCCAGGCACUCAUGACAUCCAUGCUCUGAUCCUCGGAAGGGCAAUCACAGGGAUCCAGGCAUUCACGACUGACAAGUGAACACACUUCACCCAGGAGCCCGGAUGCUACCAAGCCCACACCCAGGGAGACGCUGUGCUCUGAGCUUAAUCAGGGAGGUGGCAGAUGGAGCCAAUUCUUCUGGUAGGAAGUGAGAGACGCUGAUUUUAAAUAUCAAAAUUUCCCUCUUGAAGUCAUUCAAAUGUGCUCCUUAAAAAGAAGAUGAGACUCCCUGUACUGAGUUUCUCAAUCCACUUUUAACUGUGGAUGGGAACAGACUCCAUUACCUCAGAACAGAAGCUUCUUUUGACAGGGGAACAGGGAGAGGGAAGGAUAAUGACAGGAAGCAACUUGUGAAACCCACCUGGUGUUUGACUAAGCAAACUACCCCCCUUCACACACACACCAAGAGUUCACUCUGCACCCUCUGACCCUCCCAUCUGGGGUAAGUGCCUUAUGCAGAGCAAGGGGAAAAGAGAAUAAUAAAGCGCCUACAUGUCCAGCUCCACAGUGUUGGGCUACAUUUACUUGUAACCAUGUGAGAAGUUAUUUUAGUCACAGGAGAAAGGCCCACGUGGGGGCUGUGAAGCCCCCCCCCCUCCCCCCCCCCCCCCCCCCCCCGCCCCCGGACCUGGAGGGGAUUUCCCCCAGCCCCAGCGUGAUCUGGUCCAUGUCUGAGUCUUGGGCUCCGCUGUAAUAAAUAAGCCUGGUAGGCACUGCUGAGGGCAGAGGGGACUUUUCCCUUUUAUCACCAGAGCUGACACACAGUGUAAGAAACAACAAUCUGACUUCUUAGCUCAGCUCAGAUAUACCACAUUACAGAGGAGCAGGAGGCUGCAAGUGGGAUGGUAAGACCACCAAGAGUCCGUUUGUUUAUAGCUGCACCCACAGCAUAUUGAAGUUCCUGCGCCAGGGAUUGAAUCUGAACCACAGCUGUGAUCUAUGCCACAGUCGCUGAUGCCAAUACCAGAUCCUUUAGCUCACUGCGUCAGGCUGGGGAUCAAACUUGCACCUCUUCAGCGACCCCGAGCUGCUGCAGUCAGAUUCUUAAUCCACUGGGUCACAGUAGGAACUCCUGUGUGUUUGUGGGGGAGGUUUUCCUUUUUUUUUUUUUCAGUGCCGCACCCAUGGCAUAUGGAGGUUACCUGGCUAGGGGUCGAAUCAGAGCUGUAGCUGCCAGCCUACGCCACAGCUACAGCAACAUGGUAUCUGAGCAUCUGCCACCUACACUGCAGCUUGAAGCAAUGCUGGAUCCUUUAACCCGCUGAUCGAGGCCAGGGAUUAAACCUGCCUCCUCAUGGAUACUAGUUGGAUUCUUAACCUGCUGAGCCACAAGGGAACCCCCUGUUUUUGUUUUUGUUGUUUGUUUUUUUGGUUAUGCCUAAAGCAUGCAUAAGUUCCUGGGCCAGGGAAUGAACUCAUGCCAUAGCAGUGACCCGAGCCACAGCAAUGACAACACCAGAUCCUUAACCACUAGGCCACCAGGGAACUCCACCAAGGGUUUUACAGUGAUUGUGGGUUCUGUGGGAUUUAGGGCCUGGCAAUCCUUGCUUUCUGUUGACAUUUACUUUCAUCUUAGCUGCUACAACUCUCCUUCCUCCAGUGGCGCCCAUGUACGUGAGUUUAGUCUUACCUCAGGCUGGAUGCACAGGUCUUUGUACACAGUCUCCACAGUGUGGCACACUUGCUUGAGCUCUGUUUCCAGAUGACUGAUCUUCGCCAUUUUCUGAGUGAACUCUUGAAGCUUUUCCUGAAUGAUCUUGUUGUGGUAAUUAUAAAUUUGAUACAUCUUCUCCUCUAGCUUCUCUGUCAGGUCUGAAACCUUUGAAAAAAUAAGAUGUGUUCUUGGAAAAUUAAACAAGACUCAUCACAAGAC